GCGCUGACGAACGGUCGCGCCACUCGACGCUGCGACCCCACUAGCGUAUCACUACAACUACGAUAAAACAAUGUUUUUAUAACACAAAAUUAAUAACAUAAACUGUUACUGUAGAAGAAUCUAGUGUGUAAUACUCGUCAUUUACAAGAUUCUGUGCGUGAAACACAUGUGAACAGUUAAGUUACGUUUCGAAAGACAGUGAAAAUUACCGGACAGUGAAUUUGUGUUACGAAUUAUAAGAAAGGAUGUGCUUUACCACGACAAGGACAAUUUGUUAAAGUGACGCCGAAUUGGACCUCACAAAUUGAUGGAUUCUCUACGUCCGGCAAGGGGAGAUAGAAAACGAAUGCCGACGGAAAAAACAUGACACUGAGCCUAAAGUGUCUUGUUUUCUUUCUUCCUUGAUAUUUGAUUUUCCCCAAAAUGGCUUGCCAACAUUUUACUUCAACUAGACAACUUUUUGGACAAAUCCUCUUCUGCUUCGUUAUCGGGCUCAACGUGGCCGAUCAAAGCUCGCUGCCAUUGAAAUAUGAAGCUCCUGAUGACUGCCAGUGGUGGCUACGGGGCCCGAAUGACUCCCACGAAGUUUCACUCACGUGUAAACUCAGGACCAUCAACAGUGAGUUUGACACGACAAACUUCAGCGUCAUUCCUUCGGAACAUACAACAUCCUUAAGAAUAGAAUGCAAUGAAGAAAUGAUGUACAAGAGUUCAUUAGAUGACAGAAGUUUCGCACACUUAGUGAAACUACGUGAACUUGUUUUGGAUAACUGUAAAAUUGGAAGAUGGCCACCGGGUGUACUGUCGGGCUUGAGAGACCUGAGAAACUUAACGAUCCGCACUAAAAACACAGAAUGGGCCGCUAUGAGCUUAGAGAUUGCAUCAGAAAGCUUUACAGCUGUGCGGCAGCUAGAAAAGUUGGAUCUGAGCUUCAACAACAUCUGGUCGUUUCCUGAAAAUCUAUUCUGUCCACUAACAAAUCUAGUGUAUUUGAAUGUUUCAUCUAAUCGUUUACAAGAUGUAAGUGAUUUAGGCUUCAGAGAAAAAGCCAUGCACCAAGCCCUGAUUAGUGAACAGGAUGGUCCUAGCCCAUCAAUGACAUCAAUUCCCCGUUCAUCAUGCUCCUUAGAUAUUGAAGUGUUAGAUGCAUCUGAUAACCAGUUUGUGUUAAUGCCUGAAAACGGUUUCAUGGCCCUACGAAGAUUGAAAGAACUACACAUACAUGAUAACGAAAUAUCAAUGGUGGCCGAUAAAGCGCUAGCCGGCUUAAAACAAUUGCAAAUAAUUGACCUCUCAAACAACAAAAUCGUCGCUCUUCCACAAGAUUUAUUUAGAGAUUGUAGACCAGUCAUAAAGGAAAUCUACUUACAGAAUAACUCAAUUAGUGUGCUUUCACCAAGCCUCUUCGCUAACUUAGAUCAAUUGUUAGCGCUGGAUCUAUCUAACAAUCACUUGACGAGCACGUGGAUUAAUGAGAAUACUUUUACUGGUCUAAUAAGAAUGGUUUUGUUGAACUUAUCUAAUAAUAGAUUAACGAAAUUGGAACCCAAAAUCUUCAAGGAUCUCUACACCCUACAAAUUUUAAAUGUUCAACAUAAUCAGUUAGAAAGCAUAGCCGCCGAUACCUUUGCACCAAUGAAUAAUCUCCAUACAUUAAUAUUAUCAUACAACAAAAUUUCUAUAAUCGAUGCCUAUGCUUUGAAUGGAUUGUACGUGCUAUCAUUGUUAUCAAUUGACAACAACCAUCUUGAAGAAAUUCACCCAGAAGCAUUUAGAAAUACAUCAUCACUACAAGACCUAAAUCUAAACGGGAACCGUUUGAAAAAAGUUCCCGAAGCACUCAGAAACAUGAGGCUGUUGAGAACUCUCGACCUUGGAGAAAAUCAGAUAACAGCUUUGGAUGAUCCCGGUUUCGUCGGUUUGCAUAAUGUUUAUGGCUUACGCCUUAUUGGAAACAAAAUUGAAAACAUAAGCAAAGAUGUAUUUUCAGACUUACCAACACUACAAAUUCUGAAUUUAGCACGUAAUAAAUUGAGGCAUAUUGACAUGAAAGCAUUCGAAACGCUGACGAAUUUACAAGCCAUUCGACUGGAUGCUAACCAGCUCACUGAUAUCCAGGGACUGUUCGUAAAUAUCCCGUCUCUGUUGUGGUUAAACGUGUCAGAUAACCAAAUACAAUGGUUUGAUUACGCUGUUAUUCCUCUGGGACUGCAGUGGCUGGACCUACACAAUAACAACAUCAAAGAGUUGGGUAACAACUACCGGUUGGACAAAGAGCUGCGCCUACAAACUUUGGAUGCGAGCUUUAACAAAAUGACGAAAAUAAAUACUUUUUCGAUUCCGAGCAGUGUGGAGUUACUGUUCCUGAAUGAUAAUCAGAUUACACAAGUUGAAGCUCAAACUUUUGUCGGAAAAACCAAUUUAACGCGAGUCGAUUUGUAUGCAAAUCAGAUAACUAGUAUGGAUCUCAAUGCGCUUCGGCUAACCCCCGUGGAUCCGGGCCGGCCCCUGCCCGAAUUUUACAUCGGCGGAAAUCCGUUUCAGUGUGACUGUACUAUGGAGUGGUUGCAACGUAUAAACAAACUAGACCACUUGCGGCAACACCCUCGAGUGAUGGACUUAGAAAGCAUCUACUGUAAAUUGUUGUAUAAUCGUGAAAGGACCUAUAUUCCGCUUAUUGAAGCGGAAUCAUCUCAGUUUCUGUGUACAUAUAAGACUCACUGUUUCGCUUUGUGCCAUUGUUGUGAUUUCGACGCGUGUGAUUGUGAAAUGACGUGCCCGUCAAACUGUACAUGUUAUCAUGACCAGCCGUGGUCGGCUAAUAUUGUGGACUGUUCUGCUGCUGGUUAUGCCGAAAUACCUAGCAGUAUACCUAUGGACGCUACUGAACUAUAUUUAGACGGUAAUAACUUUGGUGGACUCACGAGUCAUGCAUUUAUCGGACGUAAAAAUUUAAAAAUAUUGUAUGCUAAUAACUCUAAUAUUGAUGCUUUGUAUAAUAAUACAUUUAGUGGACUAAAACGCUUAACAGUGUUGCAUUUAGAGAAAAAUAAUAUUAAAGAGUUGCUAGGUUUUGAAUUGACGCCUCUGGAAAGUUUACGUGAACUACAUCUACAAGACAAUAAAAUACAUUAUAUCGAUAACCGAACCUUCAUGGAGUUGAGGCAUUUAGAGGUGCUGCGCUUGGAAGGAAAUAACAUUUAUGGCUUUGCUGUGUGGCAAUUCACGAUGAAUCCAUAUUUGGUAGAGAUAAGUCUUUCUAACAAUCCCUGGUCGUGCGAUUGUCAGUACAUGCACAAAUUCCGGAGUUGGUUUAAAAACAAUCUGGGAAAAGUAGAGGAUGUUGACAGGAUAACCUGCAUAUUUGAUAAUAUCACAAACGCAGUGGGCCCUCUUAUGGCUGACUUUAACUCAACUAUUUGCACAAGUCACGUCGGGGGAGUCUCUUCAAUAAUAGAAAACCAAGUAAUUAAUGACUAUCUUCCCCUUCUGUUAAUAUCACUAUGUAUAUUCAUAUUUAGCUCAGCACUGCUGUGCGGAGUAUUUUACUAUAGACGAGAACUCCGAGUCUGGGUAUACUACCACUGCGGAUUCAGAAUGUGUUACAAAAGCACUGCAUUUGAUGAAGAAGCAGAUAAAGAUCGCCUCUUUGACGCCUACAUUAGCUACAGUGUGAAAGAUGAGGCAUUUGUGGCUCAGAUGUUAGCGCCCGGCCUCGAGUCAAGUGACCCUAGUUUCCGUCUCUGCCUACAUUAUCGCGAUUUUAACGCUUCGGCCUACGUGGCGGACACAAUUAUAGAGGCGGUAGAGUCAUCAAAGAGAACGAUAAUAGUGCUAUCCAAAAACUUCAUAAACAACGAGUGGUGUCGGUUCGAGUUCAAAACAGCUCUGCACGAAGUACUGAAAGAGAGACGAAGAAGACUGAUAAUAAUACUGCUAGGCGAACUUCCAAACAGAGACAUUGAUCCGGAGUUGCGCUUGUGUUUGAAAGCAAACACGUGUAUAGAGUGGGGCGAUAGACAGUUCUGGCAGAAGUUGCGUUUCGCGAUGCCCGACUUGAGGAAGUGUCAGUACCACCGGUCGACGGUGAACAUUUACGCGUCAGUGUCGCCGGUGGGCGGGGGCCGGGCGCCGGCGCCGCCGCCGCCGCCGCCGCCGGGCAAGCUGCCGCCGCUGCUGGGGGUGGACCAGCUGGCCCUGUCGGCGAGCGUGCACGCGCGUGACCAGCACUCGCACUCGCACCGCCUACCGCCGCAUGCGCAGCUCUGGGCGUAGCGUAUGCUCCAACGCAGUGCAUCUUCGGAGCGCACUGCGUACACUUGGCUGCCAGACACCAAGUUCGAGUUCUCCUCGCCCUACAGCCGCCGCCGCAGCUCCGCUUCCACCGUCUACGAGAGCGACUGAUGGCACGGCAUCGACCAGCUCGAGGAGGCGCUGCUGUGAUCACGGACACCGACAGUGACAGUGACAGUGACAGCCUGUGACAAGUGACAGUGACAGCCAGUUACAAGUGACAGUGACAGCCAGUGACAAGUGACUAUGUGUGUAGUGUGUACGCACCUUUAGGUAACGUUUGAUACAUCGAGUUUUAGAAGUAAGAGGUAUUGUGUAAGAUAUAGAUAGUCAUCCCUGAUCUCGCUAUUUAAUGUUACGGUUAACGACAGUUUACGAAAGUAUUGAGUUCGGUAGCUUACGCUUAACACACAAUUUAACCGGUCCGGUAUCUUCCCAAAAUUUAUUUGACGCAAAUAUCGAAAAUUUCAUUUUUAGUGUUCAAAGUUCAACACAUAUUUUAAGGAUGGAUACAAUCUUUGAAGUUCCGACUUCUGCUGGACUCGGGAAUCUUUCCAAGUAUAUUUUGCCCAUAAAUUUGCUAAUAUUUCUCUCAUUUGUUCAGUAACAGGAGGAGCGUAAAACUUCUUCAUCAUACACUUCAGAUGAAUAUUUAUGACGGACCACAAGUAACUUUUUUUAUGGAUGAAGUUAUAAGUAAUACUUAUUAAUUAUUCAUUUCAAUAAACCUACCUAUCGAAAUCGAACUACAACAUAUUGUGUAAGAAACAUUACUCACUGAAUACGUACUAUGAUUAUUAAUUAUUAUAGUUAAGUUUUUUCCUCAUAUUUUAUAUUAUAAUAAUGUAAAUACAUUCGGCAUUCUAAAAUACUUACGAACAAUAUUGUCGUGUAUGUAAGAACCAACCAUACUUAUCCACAUUAUUUUCUUAAGACAUUUUAGUGACUGCAACUUAUAAUUAUGAUCUCUAACCAAAAUGAAUUUGUAAUUUAAAAUUCCACUAUUGUUACAAAUGUAGAUAGUUAAAAGUAUUAGAAUAGAUAGGUAUAGAUCUAAUAUAAUAAUAUUGUAUAAAUUAAAAUUAACACUUGCUGUGAUUUUAAGUUUACGCGCGAAAGUAUUAAGUUUAUAACUUCUAUGUUAAAAUUAUGCAAAUGCCUAAUGUAUAAAAAAUACUAUAAUACCUUUAUUUUUGUAAUGAAGAUGAAAUGAAUAUUGGUACCUCUUGGAAAAAAAACUCCUGACUACAGUACACCAAUACAUAGAUAAAUAAUACCUAAUAUCAUUGUUUUUGAGAAGUGCAAUGAAUUACGACUUAUAUACCUACCCACGACUAUACCGGUGUAUUCUAUCAGUGAUACAUAAUCAACUAAAAUUUAUGGAGUAACAGAUAUUUUUUCAUGACUUCCUAGUUUGUGCCAUACCUAGUUUAAGUUGCUCUGACCCUCUAGUACGGGUUUUCCUGUCAUCUUCAUACAUUAUCUGUCAAAAGUUUCAUGAUAGUGUCCAUUAGAGGCGCCACUUAGUAUGCGAGAAAACGUAAACUUUUAUAGUUUUCGACAAACUAUCAAACCUGUACUAGACCUGCUGCAGUAUGUCAGUCACGUACGUCACUGAUAAAAUAUUAUCCUCUAUAUCUAUAAUGCUAACAUAAUUUGCGUGAGCCACAGAUUUAAUUGUUUGCACCAAUAAAACAUGAGAUUAUUAAUUUAAUGUUGAAUAUGUUUAA